AUGGCAUCGCUGAAGGAACGCGACACGGUAGCGCCGGCUGAGAUCGUGGCGGGCGUCACAGCCUCGGGUCCGGCAGGGAUCUCUGCUGAGGAGCUGCACAAGGUUCUCAACUCUUCGGAGCACGCGUCGGUGGUGGUGGUUGACGUGCGCAACGCGGACGAGUACGCCUCCUUUCACAUCCCGGGGAGCAUCAACAAGCCCUUUCAGGAGCUUAACUUUGCCCAGUUAGCGGACGAGGUGGCAGCGCACACGAAUCACGCAGCGCACAUGCUGGUGUUUGUGUCUGCGCAAAGUCCUGACGUGGAUGAUCUGGCGGCGCGCGAGUACAUCAACGAGUACGAGAAGUCACACGCCGCUACCCCAACAAAGGACUCGGUUCGAGUGUUGCUGGGUGGCCUCUAUACCUGGUCCCAGAUUUACUCCGCGUAA